GUGCGCUGCGUUGCGUUGCGUUGCUUGAGAGCGAGGGGAGCGAGUGGCCUGAGUGCGGCUUCAGACCCGCGGAACACGCUGGGUCAGAAAUUAAAAUAUCAGCUGAAACGAGUAUGGAAAUAAUUGAAAAGCAGAAUGCUGCAGAUGCUGGAAUUCUGAAAUAAACGGAAAAUGCUGAAAGGAAACAUGAAGGAGAUAAAGAAAGAAACAAGAGAAGACCAACCCAGCAAAACAAAUAAAAAAGAAAAAAAAAUCACCAAGAGCAAAAUGGAAGCAGAACCCCAAACACUCCGUUCAAGUGAUUUACUUGUACUUCUUUCAACUUAUUAUACUGUAUUCACGGCUCACAAUGUGCUCUCCUCUCAAUUGGGGAGACCAAAUGCAGACUGGAUGACUGCUUAGCAGAACACCCCUGUUCAGCCUGCAAGUGCAGCCGUGAGCUUCUGGUUGCUUGUCAUUUUAUUUCUCCACCUUGUUCCCAAGCUGACCUUUUUGUCCAUGGCCCACUACAGUGUUCCAGUGAAGCCCAACAGAAGCUCGAGAAGCAGCACCUUGUCUUUCGACUUGGCUCUGUACUGCCUUUUGGACUCAACAUUGAGUUCAACAACUUUAGAUCAUAGCCUCUUCCCCCAGUUGUUCUGUUUUUUUUUAUUUUGCUUUGUUGGUGAUAUUUCUUUAUCCUUUCAUGUCGCAUUCAGAUGGUUUUUAAAUCUCUAUUCAUGUCUCAUUUGGACACAACUUUUGUUUCUUUACUAUAUCCAUUACCAUUCUGACUGUUGCAUCAUGAAAACUUUUGUUAAUUAAUCUCUCCUUCCCUCCACCCUAUCACAGACCACCUCCUUUGUUCUUCCUGCAGGUGCCCCCACCCCCCCCAAUCCACUGGCUUAAAAACUUACAUUAAAAUCUAUCUUCUAUUCUGAUGAAAGAUCAUCGACCUGAAACGUUAACUCUGUUUCUUUCUACAGAUGCUGCCUGACCUGCUGAGUUUUUGCAGCAUUUUUUAUCCUUAUUUCAGAUUUCCAGUAUUGCAGUAUUUUGCUUUUGUACUGAAGUUAACCUGACUGGCUUGUAAUUACUUGGUUUACCUCUUUCUCCCUUAUUAAACAAGGACACAAUGUUAGCUGUCCUCCGGUCCUUUGGCACCAUACGUGCAGCCAGAGAGGAUUGGAAAAUGAUGGUCAGAGCAACCACUAUUUCUCCUCCUGCAUCCCUUAGCAGCCUAGAAGAUGUUUCAUCCGGGCCUGGAGAUUUCUUCACUUUUGAAGAUAUUAAAUUCCUCAAUACGUCAAUUAAUGAGUAAAGUGCCUGUAUUGCCUCAUAUUUCGGUCCAACCUGCAAUGAUGCUGGUAUCGUGACUCACUGGGGAUAGUGUGCUGCAAUAUCAAGCCCCACUGCUUCCUGAGCCAUGAAAAUUGUGAAAAGUUUGAUCAACCCACCUAGUUGUUUAAUUUAGGUUAACAGAAUACAAACAUCAGGCUUGUAAACUUAAUUAAAAUUGUCUUUAACCAGUGGCAAAAGAAAGAAAUAUGAGCUGCCAACUUCUAAUUCUAUAGCCUAAACUCUACUGCUUCUUAAAUCACUAUACACACACAUACAAGACACAUGAGACACAUAAAAACAUGGAUUUUAAGGGUGGGAUAAAACAGUUCAGUAGCACCAAUUCCGGAGUACAGGAUUCGAUGGGUAGAUUUUGAUCGAUGUCACCCAAAUUCCUUUCAGUUCUCUGUUGAUGACACGAGGUGGUCUUCCAACAAUUUCAGUCUAGUUCGCUGGCUGAGGACUUGCCUUUCAAUGUCUCUAAUGGUGAUUUUCCCCUUUUCUGCUUGACAUGGGUUUUCUGAGAGAGAACAGGUUAAAGAGAUAAGAGGGAAAAAAACCAGCUAGCUAUUAUUGUAGAAUUACUAGAAUCUUAUACACACAGGAGACAGAGAUUUUAGGUCUUUUUCCUUUCAGGCUAUGAGCUAUUCUGAUGCACUGCUCUCACACAAACCCUGGUCACCUGGUCAGGAGCCAAUUAAAACAUUGUUGCCCCAGGCAGUUCCCCAUUAGACCAGAUUCCUCCUCGGCACCAUCCUGUCUUUCAUGGCGCACACUGUUCCAGGACAACAACAUGGUAUAUAUCCCUCACACUGCCCCAGUAGACAUGGCUUUCAAACUGCAACCAUUGUAAUUUUAAUCCACAGUCCAACAGAAAUAAAAAGAUAUGUUCUUUACACUAGGGUCUAACCAUGACACCAGUUAGUUACCAUGGAUAUAACCACCUUCCAGAGCCACAAACACUUACCCUAACUAGUGUUCCGAGGGGCUGGACCUCAGACUGAAGAAAAGUUUUAGUCUGCCAACCACUGACGACUUAUUUUUUGUCUUCAACCAAAGUACGUGGAGGUAGGCAAUGGGCAGCCCCAGAUAUCAAAUAGCUUUGUACCAGUAGAAUCUGGUUAGGUUUCUAUGAAAACAGGUUUCUGGAGAUCCUUCAGUGGUUCAGCAGGUAAAUAGACUAAUCCGUGGGGAACUGAGCAAUACAGACCAGAAAUAUUUGCAUUUCCAUCCUUUGUCCAUAUUGUUAGCAGAUCAUCAUCAAGCAUAGUGCUGGUAUCAUUACAAUUAACCUUUGUAAGAAAUAGCAUCAGUCUCCCCCUGACAAAGCAGUUUAAGUAGUCACUGGCAAUAGAUCUGGAGAUGGUCACAUUGAAAACAAAAAACAUGGCAUUUGGAGGCAAGAUGGGGAAUUUUUAUAUGCUGUUUAAUAAUGUCGACAAACUCAACAUUAAAUAAAGAUGCCUACGAUUGGCUUGUAUCGUAACUUGAAGAUCUGGGUUGACAAACAGUUCACCACAAGAGCAGUAUUAAAUCUCGUAGCUUGAAUGUUUAACUACACACCAUCCAUUUUCCUCAAAUCCUAUCCUUUAUCAAAACUGUUAGUGUCAGAAUGCUAUAACGACUUAUUUGCCAUCGCUUCAUUUGGGGAGCUGCAAUAAUUUGGUGCUAUCUCUGCGGUGUUUUAUUCAAUGCAAUCAUGACUCCUUCCCCACUGCCCCUAUCUUUUCGUUCUGCAUCUGGAAGCAAUGGUCCCAAUGGAAGUAAGAUCAUUCCCUUCCACAAAUGCAGUUAGAAAAGAUCAGUCUUACAGUUAUUCUGCACUUAGCAAAAUGUUUAUGCAAUAGAAGCCUGAUAUGCUGUUGGCAGCAUUUUUGUAAUUUACGGUUGUUUUUGCAUAUUUGUGAGCAAAGAAAUUAUAUUUACAUUUUGCUUAGUUCUGUGAUAUUGUGAUAAGUAAUGGAAAAAUUAACCCCAUGAUCUCUGCUGAAGUCAACAGACCAAAAAUAAUAAAACAAGGGCACUUGAACAUCAAAUCAGUUUGUUGCUAAAUAUUGUACUGCUCUUUAUCAUUUCAUUUUAUGAAAAUAUAUAAAUUAAAGAUGUUAAAGAUGACAAGAUAAAGCUCUUACAAAUAGAUUUUCAUUUUGGCGAUUCUGAAUCUAUGAAAUUGUCUCAAUAUAAUAGAAAAUAUGAUUGGCAGACCAUUAAGCUACUCAGUCAAAGAGAUAAAAAUAAGAAUUUGUACUCCUUGCCAAUCCGUGCUCAUGGUCCGUAAAAUUGAUUUAAAAUCACUGUACGAUUACCUCAGAAAAAAUGUCUUGACAUAUUUGACACCAGUUUUAUUGUUUUCUUUUAACCCUGCAAUUUGCUUUAAUUGAAAAGUGAAACGUAGGUUCACAUGAGAAUAAAAGGUAAUCUGAAACCUUGGGAUGCUAUUUCGUAAAACUCAAAGAUGGUGGAAGAUUUAUUAGAUUAAGCCUUCAUGAAAAUAUUAUUUCUGCUGUAACUUGUUUUACGUGGAGACAUUUUCAGUUACCUUAUUGCUAUUAUUAAAAUCCACAGAUUACGCAGUUCUGUGCAUGUUGUCGGUUAAAAAUGAUACUGGGAUAACGUUUACUUUGUCACUUGACAUAACUUGUCAAUCUGUACCGUUUGGCACCAGAGUUACACAAUUAAAAAAAUUCAUGAGAUGUGUAGUUCUCUUCAUGUAGAGUACCUAGACAAUUUUGCUGUAAAGUAAGCUUCCUCAGUUUAGCAUGUUAGAUGCUGGGAAACGAUUCAUUUUAGUGCAGCAGGGCUCUGUUCCAACAUUGCAGUAUAAUGUUAUCUGCAGUGGAACAGGUUAUAGGAUGUUAACUUACACUGUAUAAAACUUCAAACUUGUUUUUCAGUGAGCACUGUUAAACCUUGGGGCGUGUUUACUAGCCAGAGACACAGCUGUGGCAUGGCAGUAAAUGUAUAUUCCACCUCUGUGACAAGUGAAAAUCUAAGCCGACAUGACAUGCUGUCAUGGGUUAAUGACUCCCUCCAGCUCAACUACACCAAGAUUGAGCAACUAUGUUCAGGAACAGCAUACUGUCAGUUUAUGGAUAUGCUCUUUCCAGGAUGUAUCCUUCUAAAGAAAGUCAAAUUCCAAGCAAAGUUGGAGCAUGAAUACAUUCAACAUUUUAAAAUCCUCCAAGCAGCCUUCAAGAAAAUGAAUGUUGAUAAAAUUAUUCCAGUAGAAAGAUUAGUGAAAGGAAAGUUCCAAGACAAUUUUGAAUUUGUUCAGUGGUUUAAGAAAUUCUUUGAUGCAAACUAUGAUGGGAAGGAAUAUGACCCGGUUUUGGCAAGACAAGGACAAGAUGUAUUUGCACCACACACUCCAGGUGAUCAAAUAUUCAACAAACCAAGGAGACCCGUGGGCACUGCAGUGCCACAGAGAACAUCUCCAACAGCACCUAAGGUCACAAGAACACCAAAUGUACCAUCCUCAAUGGGGAGGAAAACCCAACACUUAGCCAGAAAUGGAGCCAGUGAUGCAGAUGCCCAGAUAAUAGAGCUGAAUCAGCAGUUAAUGGAAUUGAAAUUGACAGUGGAUGGACUUGAGAAGGAGAGAGACUUUUACUUCAGUAAAUUAAGGGAUAUUGAACUCAUCUGCCAAGAACAUGAAAGUGAGAACAACCCUGCCAUUCAGAGGAUUGUGGAGAUUCUGUAUGCAACUGAGAGUGUGCUGCAACAGGAGAGGCUACAAGGAAAAGGAAUCACUGGAAGGGUUCGCUCCUCCAGAAGAUGAUGACAUUAUAAAUCACCCAGAAGAUGACCAGGAUGAAUACUAAGCCUAUGUAAUUGUUACCCAUUUCUCUCCCUAUCUGUCUUCUCUCUGUGAUUGAGAACCCCACCCAGGCUGUUUACUAACAUUAUUUUGAAUUGAGUUUGUACAGCCACUGCACAAUCACAAUAAUCCUGUGCAUUCUGUAUACAGAUUGCUAAAGCUGUCAUUUUCAUCACUAUAACUGGCAGAUUGUAUUAUAAAAUAUAUUUAAUUUGUAUAUUUUUCUUAAAUGAAUAACUUGCACUUUGGUUUGAAAGUAAUUGGAAAUCCAUGAUGAUGCAAGUUGAUUGCCUUUGUGUUAUAUGCAGCAUGUAGUUUGGGUUUCUUUUAAAAUUGAAGCAGCUUGGAUAAACUGAGGUCAUUUUCUAACAUCUGAAAGAACCCGGAGAUUUUAGUAGGUGGUGACGUGACAGAAGAUGGUGUCUUUACAGUUGUAUGCAAAUUGCUGGCUUUUAAACACAGAAAAUCAUAAUUACUUAGCGGAUUGAAAAAGUCUGGAGUGUAAAGUUUAAUAGUGCUUUUAAGGGAUUUAUUUAUUAUAGUUUGCUCUAAAUAUGAGGAAUAAGGGAUGCUUUUAUGGUGUGACUAAGAUCAAAUUAACUUGGUUCCAGCUGCUUUUCAUCAGAAACCACUAAAAUAUGUCUUUGACAUCACAUAUUGCACCACCUCUCUGAUACUACGCCCAUGACACUAGUGUGCGAAAAAACUUGCAUCUGUGAAGUUUUAUUUAAAAUAAACGUGUGAAAAAUUA